AUGCCCACUGCUUUUUUACGCCAGGCCGUCAUCGCGCUCACCGCGCAGCUCACUAACUUCUUUCCGGUUGAACCUCGCGCCGACUGCGCGUCGACUUGUCACACUGGCUCUGGCCCCGUAUUCCCUAUUGUCACCUAUCGUCUAUCACUUGUUCGAAGGAAGAUGGGUUUCCGAACCGUGAUGGAAUUGAUCGAUGGAUUACUGGAAGGGAGGGAUGAGCACGCUGAGGGGUCGUCAGGAGAUGUGCAGGAACUCGAGGAUUCAAAGGCUCACGGUCCUGUGGUAAGAGGAUACCGGGAUGCCGCGAAGUACCGCUCCUCAAGGACAGAGAGCGUCGACGAUCCCUGA